AACACUAACUCAAUAAAGAUCCAGAGCUCAAAGGCGAUCAAGAACGAAAAUUAACUUACCCCACAUUAUCAUUGAGUGUCUUGGCCAGAACAAUCAAAAGUCAGAAAAAUGUAGAAAUAUAAUCUUGAGAUAAAGCAAUCGCUUGAACACAAAGGAGCGUGAUCAAAGACCAAUGCAAAGAACCAAGAAAGCGGGUUAGAGGAAAAAUAAUCAACAGAAGGCUAAAAUCACCACGAAGCAGGAAGAGACAUACAUAACGAACGGUAAGAAUCACCUCACAAACUAAACAAGCACAAACAAGACGUCUAUGCAAGUGAAGAACCACAAAACUCUGGAUAGAAGAGACCAAAGCUCCAAGAGACUAAUACCACACACUUAUACCAAGGGAAGCAAGGGAAGAAGAGAACGGAAGCCAACCCCCGAGAAACCAGAGCCCAGACUUGAGACCAGAAACAAUCUUCAAAAUCUACAGAGCAUAUUCGGAGGAGAAAACUAUCCAAAUCUGGAGUGGCAAACAUGGUGAAAGGGAGAGUCACAGAGACGCAAGCAGCCAUGAAAGUUGCAACGAGAUGAGGGAACAUAGAUGGAAGGGUAGACAAAACGAAAUCAUUCAAUCGCGGAGCCGUCCUCGAGCUAUAGAAGUCAGAUCACCAAAAACCAUAUCUUGAAAACUAAGACGAGAAGGGACUAUCGAUGGUAAGCCAACGACGAGGAAAACAACUUCAAAGACGACUAAACUCUGACCCAACCCAAAGAGAUUCAGUUCCUAACAUGAGCCGAAAUCUAAGGAAAAAGAGGAGAAAAAGGUGAGGAAAAACAAGAGCACAUAUGUGAGUCUUUUUCGGUGAUGGCGAGAAUCACAACAUAACGGAAAGGUAAACGAAAUGCAUAGAUGGUUACGGCUCAAUGUAAAAAUAUAGGGAGAGAACACAAAACAUCUUUAAAAAGUAAUGUUCAAAUAAUUAGAAAAAAUAUUAAUUUUUACCCUGAAACUAUUAGCCUUAAAUUCAACAAAUGCCUAAAUGUAAAAUUAUUGAAAUUCAAUAUGCAUUACAUCACAAACUCACUCCACCACUAAUAAGGUACUAUUAUACCCACACCAACACACUUUUAAAAAAACAAACACAUAAUAUGUUAGCAUAUCACCUAUUACUACAUAACAUAAUAAAAAUACCAAAUAAUGUUCUUAGCAAAUAAAGACGAUCACAUAGUUAGCUAGCUAUAUCAUCCGAAAAAUAAUAAUUAACAACAAUAAAACAAUAUUCCGCGCGAAGCGCGGACAUGCCCCUAGUCAUUAUUAAAUGGUAGAUGAUUUCAUUUAUAGAAAAUAUUUAUUAGCUAGCUAGAUUAUAGAAAGUGUUUUGGACCCUAAUUAAUUGAUUUGCGGGAGAUUGAUUUUUUAAAUUACUGUUGCUUUUUUUAGUUAAAACUCAAAUUAGAAAAUAUAUUAAUUAAAGAGAAAAAGACAUAGAAUCCAAAAAAUAGAUUAAUUAAUAACUAUAAUGAUUGUAAAUAAGUUAGAAAAUUUUGGGGUAUUUUAUAUUUGUAAUCCUAUUUUAAUAGAUUAGACUAGGUUAAGACGUGCGUCUUGCGCAUGGUGAUAGACUAUUAUUAAAAUACGAAGAUUUUAUAAAAAUCGUGAAAUAUCAAUUGUUACAUAAUAAUAUUUUAUAUCUUGCAAAAUUAAAUUUGAACGUGAAUUUCAUACAAAUUGUUUUGACCCAAAUUGGUUUGUUAGCAAUUGGUUUUUUGACUAUAAAUUAAAUUGGUCAUAUCCAAGAAAACAUGUUUUUCUCGUUAACAUAGAAAAUAUUUUUUUUGAGCAAAUACAUAGGAAAUAUUAAAUUAAAAAAAAUUACAUAGCAAUCUCAAUGAGAUAAACGAAGAAAAAAAUGAGAGGGAUUAGGGUUCCAUCUCCGAAAUUAGAUUCAAUCAGUUGACGAAAGAAAGAUUUGAUCACUCUUGGAAUCGAUAAAGCUUAAAAUCUUGACAAUUAUCUGAACUCACGAAUCCAGGUCAGUGAUCUUCUUUUUCUUUCUGAUGUUUGGUUAUCAGUUUUAGCGACCAGAAAAAGCUAUAUGUAUUGAGCUCUACUCGACUCCAACUAUCUUCAUUCGCUAGAAUUAUCCACAAUCGGUGAACAUAAUGGUUAAUCAUUACGCCAUAAAGCCACUUUUUCCAUAUAUUCUGUCUCUGGGGCCGAUUGAAUAAUAGGAGUGAAGAAAUCGAAAAACAUAUUCAGGUUAGACCACAUAUUUUGAAAAAUCAAUCAUCCCAUUUUUAUUCUCUUUAUGGCUAAUCUUGCAGUAUUUAGGGAGUUAAGGCAUCGCUCCACACAAUGGAUUAAUGAGGGAGAACAGCUCUUUAAAAGAAUGGAAAGAAAGGUCCUAGAUUUUAUACUCUCUGUUGUUGGCGGUUUUGUCUCCAAAAAAGCAAAAUAUGGCCAACAAACACAGUCGAACCUUUUCACAGGUUAUACAAUGUUGUAAACAUUAGUUUCACUGGCGGAGGAGUCCAACGACGUCGUGGGAGAAGUUUCAUACGAACACGAUCAAUUAAAAUACAUUUAGAGUAAAAUAUUAGUUGUACCAAUGGCAUUACUGUGUAAUUACUAUAGUUAACAAAUGCUAGUUAUAUAAGUAGGCUGAGAAGGAAUGUGGAAGUGCAGGCUAAUAAAAGUACCAAAUCAAGGUUACUCUUGAAAAUUGCUUCUCUCUUAAUAAGAAAGGGAUUAUUACAAACCUGGUCUGCUACUACUCUUUCAAAAGGAAUGUAUGUAGAGGAUGGAUUCGACCAUCCCACAGGGCCCGAGGAAUAGGAAGGCCUGGCCUGAGUUAGGAAGAGCGACGGCUCGAUCUGUCGGCUCGAGAGUCAGGUCUCUCGGCUUGACUCUUGAGUACUUCUAGCUGACCAUCGUCGACUGAAGAGCGUUCGGCUCAGCGGUUGCUCGAACACCUACGGGCCUCUCGGCCCAGCAAAGGAGGCCCACCAAGAUGGCGUAAAAUUAGGUCAAGAGCGAGGCAUCGGGACGUCUAUAUAAGGGAAAGAAGAGACAACGAGAAGAGGAUCCGAAAUCACUGACCAACACUUGACGGCUAGAUUAGGGUUUUCACCUUUACUUCGUCUCGCCGUUAGUUAUACUUCUCCGGUAGCUUAUCGAGCCACCGGUUUCCUUUCUGUCGCACUCUCCUCUUAUUUCCUUGUAACCGAUCGAACGUUUUCUCUCCGACCAUUAAUAAGACGUCUUUGUUUAAGCCCACAUCUUAUUUAUUACCGUUUCACGAUCAAACAGUUGGCGCCCACCGUGGGGCCCUAGCAAAGUAACGUCAGAACGAUGGUCGUUAGCAAUGAUAGUUCAGGCGAGGAGCGCGAAGCUCUCGAGGCGACGCCUACGCCUACACCAGCAACUCCACUUCCCCAUCCCGCAACCAUGGAAACUAUCCUGGCGCGCCUGGCCCUACAAGAAGCGGCACAGAAGGCGGCAGUUGACCAAAUCACGGCGAUAGCAAAGAUCCUCGCUCCCCUCGCUGCAAACGCCGAAGCGUCAACAGCGCAGUAUCGUCGACACCUGUUCGCCACAGAACGAACCACCGACUUGGCGCCUACGCGGGAUAACGAUAACCAAAGUGCCGGUAACGACACCGGUGCGCACACCGCAAGCGAACUAGCCGCGUUAAAACAGUCGGUCCUCGAUAUCAAUUCUAAGAUCCACCAGGUGACGACGUCCGCCCCCCAGAUCGAGCAUGUACUCGCGGAUUCUCUUCGUACACCCUUCACGCGAAAAGUUACCGGCGUACGGCUACAGAAGAUGGACAAACUCCGUCUUCCAACCUUCAAAGGCCUCUCCGACCCUUCCACCCACGUCACAUCUUUCAACAUAGCGAUGCGACGCGCAAACCUGACCGACGAAGACAAAGACGCCGGCUUUUGCCAACUCUUCGUCGAAACCCUAGAAGGCCCGGCCCUUACUUGGUUCACCGGCCUCAGAGAGAACUCCGUGGACUGUUUCCACGACCUCUCAACGGCCUUCCUUAAGAACUAUAUCAUGUUCACCAACCAGGAAGCAACAGUGUCAGAUUUGUGGAACCUCACUCACGCCAGCGACCAAAGUCUCCGCGACUUCAUGGAGAAAUUCAAAGCUAUUGUCUCGAAGAUCGAUAUCCCCGACCAUAUCGCCGUCGAAUCUUUGAUGAACACCUUGCACGUCGAUUCCACAUUCCGCCAGGAUCUUUACCGAUACCCGACCAAAUCUGUCUCCGACGCCAUCGCUCGCUCGCACAACUUUAUCCGCAUGGAAGAAGACACCAGAGCAAAGUUCGCAAAAGAAGCAGCGGCCAGGCAGCGAGCCCCCCGAACGAACGAUACCCGCUCCGAGCCUCGCCAGCAUUCCUCCGGUGGAAAUACCACUCAGAAGCGAGGCUACGUAAGUUCGGUCGAUGAUGAGGAGUCUCCAAAAUCAGCAGCCAUCACGCGAGAGAAAGGCUGGAAUCACUGGGAUCGAGACCCCGCCUCGAAGCAAUCAAAGUCGACCGAACCAACGAGUUCAAACUCCGAGGAGCCAAGGAAAUGGUGCCUCUACCACAAAAGGGAUUCCCACGAUACAAAAGAAUGCAAAGUCCUCAUCGGGCAAUUCUUCGACGGGAUCACUAACGGGACGAUUCAAAUGCCCACUUCUCCAACGACACCGAAAAACACCAAAAGUUGGAGUAAGAACAAGGAGAAGAAGGCACAGAAGUCUCAACAGAACACGGCCCCGAGCGAGGAAAGAGCAAGCCCUGAGCGCACUCCUGUCAACAACGUUGGCCCCGCCAACGAUUCGUCAGAAGACGAACAUCCGCGUCGCCGGCGACGAGUGGAAGUCAUACUCUCUCGCCCUUGCGACUCCUCUGACGACGACUCCUCGAUAAUGCAACCAGAUGUACGCGACAAACUGAACAGCACGGUCGAGCAGUCUCUCACUCCCCCGACAGCAGACAAAGACCUGCGCACCUUACUGAAGCGAAAGAGUGCUACGAACGAGCACGUAGGAAGCGCCGAUCUCGGCGCGACCAUCUCCAAAUCCAGCGCCAGGAGAAUAGGUCAAAACGGCGACCUUCGCGACCAGCUCAAUUCAAAGGCCAACGACCUGCGAAUCCAACUCAACCGUUCGAAAGGAUCCGAUCUGCGACGACGUCUCGAAUCAAAAAAGAAAAAGCCCGCAGAAACUCCUCAGUUCGAGAACACAACCGAUGAUUUAAGGAAGCAACUCGAGUCAAUGCGAGCUGCCCACACCCCGCACAUUAGCGUCAUAAUGGGAGGAUCACCUCCUUGCGGCGACUCAGUUCGAGCUGUCAAAGACUACAAGCGACAAGCCACCGCCUCCAAGAAGUGGCCACCUCCAGUCGAAAAUGAUCACCAGAUCACUUUUUCGGCACUAGAUACCAAGGGUGUCCACAUGCCGCACAACGAUCCUCUCCUCGUCGACCUCGACAUCGGAGAAUGCCUAGUCGCGAAAGUCCUUAUCGAUACCGGCAGCUCAGUCGAUCUCAUCUUCCGCGACACACUCGACAAAAUGGGAGUCGAUUUAAGGGAUAUGAAGCCUUCUUCUCGUACGCUCACUGGCUUCAACGGAGCCUCGGAGCAAAUGAUCGGAACAAUUCGUCUUCCAGUAUACGCAGGUGGUAUAACCCGUACCGUCAAGUUCUCCGUCAUCCGAGCCAAAGCACCAUAUAAUGCCAUCCUCGGAACACCAUGGUUGCAUUCCAUGAAAGCCGUUCCCUCGACGUACCAUCAAUGCGUCAAGUUUCCCGGCAAAGACGGUAAAACACAGACGAUUCGGGGAGAUCAACAAGCCGCGAGAGAACUGCUAAUUGCAACUGUAAAGAUGCAGCAACAGACUUCCCUCGUCAACUCCGUCGGCAAACCACUCCACAAGAUAUACCCCCAGAAGGAGGAAGUUCGCGAAGUCGCAAUUGACGAAUCCGACCCAACGAAAAUCAUCCGAGUGGGCGUCUACCUAUCCGACGACAUAUGUUCAAGGAUCAUCUCUUUCAUCAAAGAUAACGCUUCAACGUUCGCCUGGAAGACCUCCGACAUGAGGGGGAUCGACCCCGCAGUUACCUCCCAUGAACUGCAUGUCGACCCGACGUUCAAACCCAUCCGACAGAAGCGACGGAAACUCGGUCCAGAAAGAUCUAAGGCAGUGAACGACGAAGUCGACAGGCUCCUCGACGCGGGUUUUAUUACCGAAGUUCGAUACCCCCGAAUGGUUAGCCAACCCGGUCGUCGUCAACCCGCUCCCUCACAUCGAUCGUCUCGUCGAAUCAACCGCCGGUAA